AUGCGUGGUCGUAUACGGCGUGUGACCGUCUACGAGACCAUCGAUAGAUUCUACAUAGUCGGAUGCGAUGUCUCUGGUAUGAGGUUCAGAUUGCUGAAACUGGACAGGAUCGACUCGAAGGUGCUACUCGCCGGUGAGCCAGAAUGUGACUAUACCAAGGAGGAAAUACUAGAACUGCUUGCAACGGUUACUGAAAGCAAUUUCGGUAAGUAUGUACGAGGCAUAAGCGGUCGAUCAAAUCGCAAGGAUACCCAGGGUCUUGUCGAGAGGAUAAGUAACGCCUUUGGACUGCUCGGUGUAGUGAAGUUCCUAGAAGGUUACUACAUAAUAGUAGUGACGAAGGCAAACAUUGUGGCGACUCUUGGCUAUCACUACAUUUACAAGAUUGCCGAGGUUGCAAUGAUUUCGCUAGCAGUGGAUGCAUCGUCACCUUCUAGCGAAGAGCAGCGAUAUGUUAAACUUUUCCAGUCGGUUGAUCUUUCAACAGAUUUCUACUUUUCAUACACAUAUGAUCUAAGUCGGUCCUUGCAAGAGAACAUAAUGUCUACCCAUUGGGAUAAGGAUGGUAGGCGUCAGCUGAUUUCCGAUCAAAAGUUUGUCUGGAAUAGCUUUCUCCUGGAACCACUCCGGAAUAAUUUAGUCAGUGAGCAUUGGCUCUUGGAAAUCGUCCAUGGUUCUCUAGAAUUACAUCUAUUCAGGUCACAGAUACUGUGGGACGUGUCUUCGUCUCCAAAUUUCAGUUUCGGUAGGUUCUCUGCAUUUGUUCAGCGAAGAGGUUCCGUUCCUCUGAGAUGGUCCCAAGAUCCAGCAACACGGGGAGUCGUGGGGAAACCUCUGAUACGUAUAGAUAUUCACGAACCACAUGCUCAAACAGCAGCAGCGCAUUUCCGAGUUACGGGCGAAAUAUGGCAAUCCCAUAAUUGUAAUGAAUCUGGUGAAAAUACGGUUUUUAAGGCCGUGAACUACCUGAAUCAGUUCCUUCCGCUGUCAGAAAAUAUAUGCUAUUUGAGCUUUGAUGUUGCGCGAUGCAACAAACUGUCAAGCGUUUCUUCGAAUGUUUUGACCAAGAUGGAAGAAAUAGGCUUCAAAGCUGUUCAAGCCCAUGGCUGGUUUCAGUCCUUUCCAAUGCCUUACACUCGCUCGAUAGACUACCGUCCAAGUCUACCAGACUUCAAACCGCUUUUGUCUGGAGACAAGCGCUUUCUUCUUCAGCAAGGAAUAAGUAGAACGAAUUGUGUUGACUGUUUGGAUCGAACGAAUGUUGCUCAAUUUGUUUUAGGUCGAGUGGCUUUGGCUUGUCAGUUGUAUGCCAUGGGUGUUCUUGACAACCCAUGUUUGUUGUGUUUGUUAUUAACUUUUUUGUUAUCAUCAAUCGGCUGUUCGUGGCAAUAUGCAGGCAGUCAGCUUGUGCAUUCAAUAAAAACCUACAAGAAGAUUUCCGCAUUUCAGGAGCGAAGUAGAGACGUAAUCCAGACUUUGUCUCGUUAUUACAGCAACACUUUUGGUGAUUACGACAAACAAGCAGCAAUCAACCUUUUCUUGGGCGUUACCACUGACUAUUGUGCAUGGAUGUACGACGACGAUUAUCUUGAGAAGAUGAUUUCAACUGAAUAUGAUAGAAGUGAAGCACAAGAAGAGCAACAUGAUUACGCGAAAAUCCGUGAGGCAAAUUGGCUUUCGCUAGAGACAUGUCUGCGGCCUAUUUAA